AUGGGUAUUGCCUGGUUGUGGGAGUCAGCUCGCCAUAAGCAGGGUGAACGAGGCCUUGCUGCGGCUGGAGCAUGUCUAUUCUGUGUCAUUGUUCUAGGGUACUGCGUGUCAGUUAGUCACUCAAUAGUUUUAAUGUCUGCUAUGUGGAUUUCAAUAUUUGCACUGUGCUCACUUCUUUCUGCUCUCUACUCGAUGACGAUCACUCAUAAACCCAUGGAGAAAUUCAGCUACGGCCUCGCACGAGUACCUGUUCUAGCAGUCUUUAGCACUACUGUGCUUGCGCAGUUGUUUUCUAUCUUCUUAUCAAAAGAAUCUUUCGAACAUCUACUUUCCCCUGGUCAUCAAGGGACACAUGACGCAUCGGCAGCACACGAGCAUGAACUGGAAGCUGUUGGAAGCUGGCCAUACUUUGUGGGAGCUGUAGCAUCUUCGAUAGCUCUUCUACUUUCUGCUUAUGCUUUGAAGAAUCAGCCAUUCCAGCAUGAGCAUGCUGCGGAUAUUUGCCAUGCCAUCUGUUGGGCGAUUCCCGGCUUGUCACGUCUUUUACUACCACGAAUUAAUUCAAUGGUACUACUAGCCGCAGUGACAAGUACAAUGCUAGUUCUCUGUGAACACUUCAGGCAUGAUUUCCCCUGGGCAGAUCCAGUCUGCUGUCUUUUACUGUCGGUAGCUGUAUUUUCAACAAUGUGGCCUCUCUCAACUUAUACUGGCAUGAUCCUUCUGCAGACAGCACCGCCUCACCUUCUCAAUCAAAUUGAUAGGUAUGUUCCCCAAGAUAUUUGA